CGACUACCGACCGGUUCCGUGUUUGUCAUGAAUUUAGCAUCUGCAGCAGUUUCACAGCUAGUUGAGCUGAGCUGAAGUGAGAUCCGCACGUUCUUCAUAAAUCUUUGGAUUUACCAAGCCAUAAUUCUGUCAGAAUUUUGUUUCCUCAGAACCUUUCAUCAUGAUGGAGAUAACAGCGGGAGUGAGAACGAUGUUUAGAACGAGUCGAGUUAUCGCAGGCUCCUGCCGCCGCUACGCUGCCUCCACAUCGGGAGGUGACCAAGCCAGGCUUCAGGGGUUGAAGGCUCUCCGGCUCCCGCAAAUGAACAAGGGUACAGCAUUCACCCUGAGGGAGCGCCAGGCACUGGGUAUUCAUGGCUUGCUUCCACCCGUCAUCAGCUCCAUGGAGCUACAGGAAGAAAGGAUCUUACACAAUCUCAAAGACCACAGUCCUCUAGAUAAAUAUGUGCAGCUUAUGGACCUACAGGACCGCAAUGAGAAGCUUUUCUACAGGGUCAUGUGUAACCACAUCACCGACAUGAUGCCCAUUGUGUACACGCCCACUGUCGGGUUGGCAUGCCAACGGUAUGGCUACAUCUUCCGUCGCCCUAGGGGGCUCUUCAUUACAAAGUACGAUAAGGGACAUGUUCGUGACAUCAUCGCUUCCUGGCCAGAGCAAAACGUCAAGGCUAUCGUCGUAACUGAUGGAGAGAGGAUUCUAGGUCUGGGUGAUCUCGGCUGUUAUGGUAUGGGCAUUCCUGUGGGUAAGCUAGCCCUGUACACUGCCAUUGCUGGAGUGCAUCCAUCCCAGUGUCUACCAGUCAUGAUCGAUGUUGGAACGGACCGCCAGUCGCUCCGUGAUGACCCCCUCUACAUUGGUUUGAAGGACAAGCGGGAUCGAUCUGAAAGCUACGACGAGCUAAUCGAUGAGUUCAUGCAAGCAGUGGUAGAAAGGUAUGGACAGAAUUGCCUGAUCCAAUUUGAAGACUUCGCCAACAGCAAUGCCUUCAGACUGCUCGAGAAAUACCGCAACAAAUACACCGUCUUCAAUGAUGAUAUACAGGGUACAGCAUCAGUAGCCGUAGCUGGAUUCCUGGCCAGCUUGAGAAUCACAAAGACAAAGCUGGGUGAUAACAAGUUCCUCUUCCAGGGUGCUGGUGAGGCUUCAUUAGGAAUAGCCGAUCUGAUCGUGAACGCCAUGCAGGAGGAAGGACUCAGCGUGGAGGAGGCCAGGAAAAGAAUCUGGCUCGUUGACUCCAGAGGGCUCAUUGUUCAGGGUAGACCAUCUGGUGGAAUCACAGAGCACAAAGGUCGCUACGCCCACGAACACAAAGACCUGACAGAUCUAACUGAAAUAGUCAAGGCAGUCAAACCAACCGUACUUAUAGGUGCCGCUGCCAUCAGUGGCGUCUUCACCCCUGAGAUCCUCAAGGCCAUGGCCUCCUUCAACAAGCGCCCCGUCAUCUUCGCCCUAAGCAACCCAACAAGCAAGGCCGAGUGCACCGCCGAGCAGGCCUACACGCACACCAAUGGUCAGUGUGUCUUCGCCAGUGGAAGCCCCUUUGAUCCGUUCACAUUACCCAACGGAAAGACCCUGAUACCAGGACAAGGUAACAAUGCUUACGUCUUCCCUGGCGUGGCUCUGGGUAUCAUCGCCUUUGGGAUCAAGCACGUCAGUGAUUCCAUCUUCCUCGAGGCAGCAAAGUGCAUUGCCAAAUUGGUAACCCAAGCCCACCUGGACGAAGGACGAGUCUACCCCCCUCUUGAGGACGUGAGGGAGGUUUCUGUCAAGAUCGCUGUACGCGUCGGCGAGUACGCUUACGACACCGGGAUGGCAUCCAAGUAUCCCCGGCCAGAGGAUAUGGAGGCGUACGUACGAAAGUGCGUCUACGACUACGAAUAUGAGUCUUUCACACCGGACUACUAUGACUGGCCGACUACAGAGUCAAAAUACUAGAUGCUAUGCCGUUAACUUAGUGAAAUUAACUAGAAAGAAAUAUACUAGUAGUGGAAAUAAUUUAAUGAUCCCUUCCAAGAGAUAUAUAUCUAUAGAAGAAAAAAAUUAUAUGCCAUAGAUGAGUCUAUUUUGCAAUGUGAUAUUUGGGUGGUUAUAGUAUUUAUAGGAAAAGAGUAUGCAAAUUUAUCCCACCUCUUAAGGUUGGCUAAUUAUCCAUUGUUUGAAAUGAAUUAUGUAAAGCGCUGUUUAUGUGUGGUGUAUAUGUAUGAUGAUGUUGAUGAAAUGAAUUUGGGACUCAGUAUUUUAUUUGAAUAGUCGUUAUAUAUAUAUAUAUAUAUAUAUAUAUAACUGUUUUAUGUUUUUAUCCGUGUGAAAAAAAGAUGCACAAAAGUAAAGAAGGAGAAAUGGUAUUGAAUGAGUACCAUUGGGGAAGUUUUCAUGUGAAAACAAUUGUAUGUUGUGGGCGUGUGCACUUGUGUACUUGACAGCUCCUUAACUCUUAUCCUGCUAUAAGGAAUACAGCCCAGUGCUAGGGCUAAUCCCCAUUAUGCCAAGCCACAAAUUCCCCCAGUGCCAAGUUUGUGUUGAGAUAAUCUGAUGGUGUAAUCAAUAGCGCGUGCAAGGCACUCAGCACAGUACAGACCCUGCACAAUAACUGCUAUUACGAAUGCGAGCAUGCAUGCAUAAAGCAGCUAAGCUGUGGCUCACUUGCAUGAAUUAAGCAGCCAAUCGAUAGCGGGCUCGCGUGUACAAAGCACUUUAAUGAUAGCGUGCAUGCAGCCUUAUGGCAGGAUAUGAGUUAAUAUAUAUUUUUAGUAGAGACUGUGGUGGAGUAAGAAAUCAUUUUUUUUCUUUUUAAGAAACAUGUAAUACAUAUAAUAUGAGAAAUAAAUUUCAUGAGGAGAGACACAAUCAGUAUCAGGUAUGUAUAAGUAAAGCACAGAGAAAACAUACGCUGUGGUGACUGAAUUACGAUAAUCGUUACCUCACCUGGUAUUUCGUUAUGGAAAUUCCACAUACUGGACUAUCGGAGGUAAUAACACUUCAGGGUAUGUCUAUUUAUUCCUGACACCAAGCAAACUCUAUAUAAUAGCAAAGUUCUCCUCAGAAAAGUAGGAAAUUCUCUCCAUCAUUAGUCGGUUUCACACAGAAAAAUCCCUUAAAAAAUCCUCUCAAGGGAGAAUUUUCUUGCUUCGUUAGAGGAUAUUUAAUGGGAUAAUUGAUGACAGACAGCAAUUAAGAGGAUAACUAAAAUCUGGAUAACUGAAAUCCAGAUCUUGGGCCUCUGUGUGACACCGCCUAAUGAUCCAGAAAACAUUCAUGCAGGUUAAAUACGAGCGUUAUGAACAUUUCUGCAGAACAACAAAAAUAAAUGCAACAUAGUUGCUCCUUUCAUUUACGUUCUAUUCUGAGGUACACAUGUUAGUAGAGAAGAGAGACGGUACCAGUAGAGUACUGAUGAAUGAAUUACAUAUAGAUAAUGCAACAUAUAUAUGAAACAAGUACUGCCAGCUGUCUUGCUUACCGGUACAUGGAAGUUAUUGAAAAUAGAAUGCAAAAUACCAAACACUGUGUGUUAUUGGUGAUAUCUUCCAUGGAAAACAUUUUAAUUUGUUUGAAUGCACAUGUAAUCAUAAAGCCAAAGUAAUGGAUAGAUUAGAUUAUCUGUUUGGAGCCAGAAGGGUGUUAACUUGUAUACAUUUAACGACCUUGUGGUUGUGAGCCGACAGCAUAAUUCGUCCUUGUUUUCACGAAGUGACGGUAGUGAGGAAAAUCGUAACGCAAAGUGAAUGCAAUUUUUUUUCACUACCGUCACUUCGUGAAAACAGCGACGAAUUGUGUCCUUAUGCAUUAUUGUAAUACCUCAGUGGAAAGUAUGUCAAUGCAAAGAAAUGCAAGUGAUUUUUUAUCUAUCUGUGUAUGUGUGAAUUUAUUUGCAUGCUAGUGGAGAAACAGAUAUGCAAAUUGCAGCUGCAACCAUUGCCCAUACAUUUCUUGAAGCACAGUCUAAAAAAAUAUAUUAAAGAAAUAUUUAUGUUUGACAUUGCCAAAUAUUGGUCAUAGAGGUGUUCUUGUGAAAUUGUAAAAAAUAUUGUGGUACUCUGUAUAUCAUUACCUCUGUUGUAUUAAGCUACCAUUUACAUGUUAUAGCCAGUAUUUUAUUAUUCCUGUUUAAUAGUAUUCAAAUCCUAGUGGUAUUAAUAUUAUUAAGUUGUAGAAUGUGAUUAUGCACCAAACCAAAUAACAUUAAUCGUCUUUCUGAAAGAGGCACUAAUCAAAAAGAGCUGUUCUAUUGUUCUAUCGUUGAUUAUGCAAAGAAAACGAUAUUAUAUAGGAAUUAAAACAAAGUAAAUGAGCUAUUCGUAAGUUUAAUAAACACAGCAAAACUUGCCAGUGAUAUUUGGAAGGUAUUACCAUCUUUCAGAAGUUGCUUUUUAGAUCUUUUAUUUGUGGAAGCAAUCAUUCACUUCAGCGGUGGUAAAUCUUGAAAUUGUACAUUUUUAAAAGAGGCAUCUGUGAUGUCGCAAAUUUUAUUCAUUGACCUAAUGACCUUUGUUCUUGUCAAGCACUUGUAUUUCACUAUUUAUCUACUGGUCAAACAUGUUACAAUGCUGUAGAGUGCUGAGAAACGAUACGUAUGUAUUUGUUGUUUGAAAGCUAUAUCGGACGAGCUUUAAAAAACAAAGGAAAGUCAUUGUGCUUCCUCCGUGGGCUUUUUGUCAUAUGAUGCUACCCCUCUGCGAUUUGAGAGUUGUGUGGUUGUGCAAAAAUGUGAGGUAGAAUGAAUUAAUAAAGAUUAUCAACCAAAACCAGAAGA